AUGACAGCAGGAAUGAUCAGAGUUCCCAGUAUUAUGCCGUUAAGGCUUCAAAUGGGAGGAAGAAAAAACAUCAUAGACACUCAUACUCCCAUCGAGCUUCGUUCAGAGACACCAGAUACUCUGAUAUAUUACACUAUAAACGGAAUGAAACCGGAGCCAUUUAAACAAAUUGGCAUCAAAUGCACCUAUAAAUACAACAGACCUUUUGUUUUGGGUCCAGGAAAGCGGAUCGUAAAAGCGCUGGCAACCUCGAGUGAUGGCACGAGAGAAAGUUCCAUUGUAACCAAGACAUUUAUGGUUGAAGAACCAGAAGAAAGAGAAGGUUUAGAUGGUGAAGAUAAUGUCUCCGAGCUUCAGCAAAGCAUUUCUUCGUCGACUGGAAAUUUAAGGGAUUCGUCGGGAACUUUGUUCGGUCAAAUUCUUGAGAACGCCGGAAGAGGAUCCAAAUUGAAGACGUCUGAAGCAUGGGGGACUGAGGGUAAAUCAAAGCGAUUUCUUACAUCAACUCCAGAUGACUUAGAAAAUGUCAGAGGGUCAGAUUACAGAAAACCCAGGAGUGAAGCAAGAUUCACAGCUUCAAGGUUUGGUUCAAAUCAAGCAACAUUAGGUACCCCAGAUCAAUCUCUUACAGAAGUUGACGGUGAAUUAAAGGAGAGACGAGGGCCACAGAACAGAAUUCAUGCAAGUAAGAUUCAACAACAGACCGAUUUUCUAAAAUGUAUCUACUGUAUGGCACCCAGACCAUCAGAUCCAUAUGCAAGGUUCUGUUCUGAAUGCGGAUCCCCCAUUCCGCCAUUACCGUCUUCAAGGCUUCCCCCUCCUGAGGGUGGGCAGCUUGGUAUGUGUGUCUCCUGUAACUCAAUGGUAUCACUGAACACACCCAAUUGCAUCAUCUGUGAAGCGCCUAUUUCACCGCAGCGUCAACCACAGGCCACUAAGAAAUUGGCACACAAGUUAAUGUGUGCUGUAUGUGGUACAGGAAAUCCACCAGACAUGACAGUUUGUGUCACCUGUGAAGCAAAACUUCCAUACAAUGCCAAACAAAUAUUUACAGGCACAAGUGCUCCUCCAAUGCCAAAGGACUCUGUUAGUAGCCUCAUGUCUUGCUCCAAGUGUUCUCGCGUGAAUAGCAGUGAUGCUCGUUUCUGUGAUUGGUGUGGAUCAAAGCCACAGCCUUACCAAAGUCCUCUAAUCUGUUCCCAAUGUCAGGCUUCAAAUAGUGCAUUCGCAAGGUUUUGUAAUACCUGUGGAUGUGGUAUUGAACCACCUCCAAGAGUUUCGCGUCAGAGUCCAGGAAAUGUUAUUGGCACUGUUGUUGAAAAGCGUAGCAUUCGUGAAACAGUAGGAAGGUCAGAAAAUGCAACUUGGUUGCCAGUUUCUAUACCUUCAACUCCAGCAGAAAAAGCAGAUAAAGGUAAGAACAAUUUUUCUUCUGAAAUAAGAUGCUCUUGCCAAUAUUUCUGUAGGUCCACUGGUACCCAGUUAUACUCCUGAGUUAAGAGAGACAAGGAAAGUUAACCCCCUAACUCCCAGAAAUGAUUAAAAUGUAACUUCUCCCUACAAUAUCCAUACAUUAUUCAGCAAACAGUUAAUGAGAAUACUCAUACUUGUCAGGGAGAAGUUGUUAUCUUGAUCGAACAUCAAAUUCUUGCAACUAAUUUAUAAGGAAAUGUAUAGCAGCUGAGGGGAGAAUCAACAAUCAGAUCUUGGCAGUUUAAGGGUUAAGUGACCUCUUGACAUGGAACCCAGCGCACAAACCAUUGGGCCACCAUGUUUACUAAACAAGGUGCUCAACUCUUUCUACCUUAACAUCAGUAUGCACAUUCUCCAUACUGUUCUCUAUACAUUUCCUUAGUUGCUGACAAGGAGAAUUUGUUUAACAAUCAAGAGCUUCUUAAAUUAGUGAUAAUUUCCUUUAUUCUCAUGACCUUAAUGUGUGAUUCAGGGGUGAUACUGUAAAGAGAAAUUAGAUGUUAGUCACUCUUGGAUUUCAUGGGGGGAAAGAAUAGAUGAUACUGUUGGUGACAACAAAAAUUAUAAGAGGGUGGCUAUAACUAAAAAAUUGUUAUCAAUGUUAAAAAAAGAUUCUUUGUUGCUGUGCAUCUGUUUAGUAAUAGAUCAUAGAUGAUGUCAAAGGUAACUUGAGGACAAAAAAGCAGCUUGAGUGGUGCAGCCUAGUGUGUCACUAAUGUUCUGGUUACAUUUAGACUUCUUCUGUGACUAUAAGGUGCACUCGGUUAUAAGACGCACCCCAAACUUAGCAAUUUAGUCAAACCAAGUUCCCAAACUGAAAAUUACAUGAAAAUACUCGGUUAUAAGAUGCACCAAAAGGUUGAGAGUUAACAAAAGGAUGUAAUGGAACUGAGAACAAUUAUCCUGUAUGCAAAUUUUCAUUUGUUUGCUUUUCUAUAGAAGUUGAUUAGUGUUCUAAAAGCAGUAUUCCUUUUUAAUUCAUAGGAAUAAAGGAAUGAAUUUGAUGCAAUCUUUGCUACACCUCAGACCAAAAAGCUCUGCUUUUUCUCCUUUUUCUCUCAACAAUUAGUGUCCUUUUCUUGCCUUUUUAACUGUAAGUUCUGCUAAAAUUGUGAUCUUAAGACUUUGUUGUGCAAAAUACUUGGCUAUAAGAUGCACCCUGAUUUCAGCACUAACUUUCCAACUGAAGACAGAAUCUUCUUGAGAAAACCGUGCGCCUUUUAACAGAGAAACUACAGUAUCUUAUACAAUGAAGAAGCAAAAAAUUGUUAAUGGUAACAUCAUAAAUGCAUCUGACCUCCAAUAGAUCAUAAGCAAGAACCAAUCAAAGUCUGUGUGUACAUUUAAUUCAGCUAAUUCUAUAAAUGAAUUAUAACAUGUAUAGCUAUUAGUAAUUUUUCUUUUCUUUUCAGCAACUUCCACAGUUGGUCUCUUCUAUAAAUCAGCAACCAGUAUUCAAUCACAAAUGGAGUCAGAAGCUCUGGAACAAAGUCGGCUUGAUGCUUCAAGAGACCGACGACCAGCUCUUGCUGCUGUAAGUCCUGGGAAAGGAUUCUGGCGGCAACAGAUGGACCAUGUGUGUUCGCACAUCCGCGCACAUGUGCAGAAUAAUCCAGAUUUCCGAGCCACCAUUGGUGAACCACGGUUGGGAAAGAUUAUUACUGCAACAAUUCAUGAAGAUCUCAAUGGAGAGGAGGUCACUUUAACAGUGACCUUUGCCAGAAGAGAUGGUAAAGAGUUGUGGAAGGAGAAAUCCAAAGCUCUGUCUUCAAGCUUGAGAGCAUUGAAUCUGUAUGGGUCAGAGUCUAGGAGUAAGGAGGAUUUGAGAAGGAGUACAAAACAGACUCAAAAUGGUUUGAGAACUACUGCUAAGGGAAAGAAGCAAAAACGGAAGGGGAAAGAAAAUACUAAGAUUAAACUCAGUGAGCAGGACAAGUUGUUACUGAAAGAGAUUGGGGCAAGGGGUGAAGGGAGAGAUGAGGAGGUGCAAAGACUUCUUGAUGAGGGGGCAAAUCCAGAAUGUGAGUCCUCUGACGGCAUUCCUGCAUUAAUCCUUGCAACUAUCAAUAAGCAUGCUGAAAGUAUUCCACCACUAGUGAAUGCUGGUGCUAAAAUCAAUGUUAAGGGCAUUACCAAAGGGAACACAGCCCUGCAUGAAGCUGUGCAUCUAGGUGCCAAUGGACUCAACUGUAUUGACACUCUGUUAGGACUGGGUGCCCGAACUAAUGUUGCAAAUGAUGCCGGACAGACAGCUUAUGAUCUGGCCAUGUCCAGUGGACUUGAUAGUGUAGUACAGAGGUUUACAUCAAGUGUAGGAGAUGAGAUGUUGCAGAAACUUACCAAACCAAAGAAAGCUAGAUCUGUAGAUGAGGAUUUCUAAAGCAAAGUGUGCUUCCUUGUAAGUCUGUAAGAUUGUAGGCUGUUAGUGCUACAUAUGGUAAAUGUGUAAAUGUAUCUUAAACCAGAAUGUGGAAGAGUUCUUGCAUAUUAAAUCUGUUGGAGAGAAACUAAGUUUUCAACAUUAGGGAUUUUGGGACCAUUCAGUGAUCUGGUCUUGGUUUUCAAGGUAACAGCUGGCCAGUCACCAGUUAGUUCUCAAACAAUCCCAUUCAUUCAAGUUUGUAAUGUGAAAUUUUAUUCAACUUUAGAAAACAGGAAAUUUCUUAUGGAUAAAGCUUAGUGCCAGUCAAUGUUUUUGAUGUAACUUACAGUCAGAUUUGAAUUCAUUUUCAAAAUGUACACAUAUGGCACUGUCUGAGAGUUAUAAACUUUAAUUUAAUUCUAAUGAUUGUACUGUUAAAAGGCAGA